CUUCACCUAUUCCUAAUGACAAGGACUGAGACAUUAUUAAUUCGCUUUUGGGGGAAAUGAAGGAAGCCUGUGAUUUGUUUUAUGAGAGAGAAAACUGCUACAGACACAGCCAGAUAUAAAAAUAGACACAGAAGCUGCUACCAUCUGCUAGACACCCGACACUGCACUAAGCUUGGACUUCUUUUGCUUGAGAGCAUAGCACCAGUAAUAAUGCAGUAUUCCCUCAAUUUAAAAUUUGGUGGAAUGUAAUUUAGGAGACUUUUACAUUGAAGACAUCAUACAUGCUUUCUAGAAACUAGGAGGCCAAGAUGACUUUUCAUUAAAUUCUUUACAUAUGAAAAGGGUCAUGGUUGAACAAAACAGGACCAGGAAAGAAAUGUAGAUGGUGUGGUAGAUCAUUUUAGGAUUGACUACGACGAGAUUCUAGGAGAUGGAGCCAUAAUUAUUAUCAGGAUUAGGUAACAAUUAUUUUCUAAAGGAUCCAGUAGGAGACUGACAACAUUUCAGACAUUUGCCGCCCAGAUUAAAAAAAAAAUAUUUACUGGAAUGCUUCGUUACAAAAAGCAUAAGAGGCAGGCUGAUGGCCUUGGAACAAGUGUGACUCUAAUGGAUGACACAGACCGGGAAGUGAGCAGUUUCACAGACCGAGCUUUUAGGAGUUUAUGUGUUGCAGAAGAAGAUCUAUUUAAUGAUGUUCCUCACUUGCCGUCCCCUAUUAGAGGAAUGCCACUUUCAACUAAGUUCCACCUAGGAAUUUUUAACCUUUCAGUCAGAAAAACGCAACCCUUGGCACAGUUACCUACCACUACACAUCAGCGUAAUAAGUGGGUUCCAACAUUCCAGCCUAUGCUUAACUAUGCAAAAGUAGGGUUCACUGAUGUAAAGACCAACAACAGCAUUCUAUGUGCCCCUGUGCCAAGAGGUUAUAAACAGCAUUCAAAAGUGUCAUCAUUGAUAAAGACAUUUGAUAAUAUAGAAAAUGAGAUACCAGAUAACUGUCCUUUGCCCACGCUACUUAAUUUCUCUAAAGCUUCUCAAAGAGAUAUUGAAGCAAGUCCUAUUAAUGAGACCGUAGAAAAAAAUGACACCAGUGGUGCUUUACUGCUAGAACCUAUCAAUUCAGAUGUUUCGAAUUUUAAUGAAAGUCACUUACACCGACGUACUGCCAGAGACGUUUUUAUGGAGUCACAAAUGGAAAUUUAUACUCAGAUAUCAAGAUCUCCAUCACUUUCUUCAGGUUCACCAUUAGCUGAUCAAGUUAAACAAGUGAUAAAACAAACAGAUUCACUGAGAAGGACAGCGUUUCUACAUAGUGAACAUAGCGCCUUUAAAUCGUGGAGUGAUAUCAAUAGGAAAAUGAUUGGAGAUUAUGAAAGUGACAGUUCAAUACCAGGGACACCUCUUAUUCCUAGAAGAGCAACCCCCUGCUCACCUUUACUUCAAAGAACAAUAGCUGGAAUGAAGGCAAGAGAUGGAGGAAUGGAAUUAGGUUGGACUUCUCCUGCUUCUUCAGUAUCUAGCAGUUUUGAUGCUAAUCAAAUGCUAAAAACUGUGCCUCCACUUCCUAAUAGAAAAAACACAAAACUAAAUAAAGACUAUAGCCUUAAACAAGCAAGACCUCCCCUACAUGCAAGACCUCAAGAUUUAAUGAAGGUAUAUGAAGGACAUUCAUCAACUACAGAGCAAGUCAACUGGAUAAAUAAAUCUAAAUCACCAGAUCAACACAGUCAUGAAUAUCAACCUAUUCAUGGGGCACAAUUGAGUAAUGCAUCUCAAAGUUUUGUAAAACAAAAUGAGAAAGGCGAAGCAAACAUAGCUGUCACACAGCAGACUGAAAUAUCUCAAACAAAAAGCAAAGGAGAAGUUAAGGAACUGGAGAAAAACAAGCCACCCCCCAGAAGAAUAAAAACAUUAAUACAACAGAUAGAAAAAGAAGCAAUUAAAGAAAUGGUACCAGUUCACUUUAUAGACAAGAAGCAUACCAUUAGAGAUUUACCAAAGGAUGGAUCGAAUGAUGUCCUUGCUACACUAGAAAAAUCACCACAGAUCUCUAAUACUCUAUCAAUCAUAAAUGAUCAUAUACCCCCUUGGAGAAAAACCAAAAGCAGUAAUAAGAUUGUAUCUGACAAGAAGAUUCCAAGUACAAGUAUGGUCACAGGAGAGAUUAUUGUAGCUCAACCCCAUGAAACUGUAUUUGUAUGUAAGGAUGACAAUAUUUUAGAAGAAAAACCAUCAUCUUUUAACAUUUCACAUCUUUUAACUCCAGUUAUAAGUAGAAAAAACAUUUAUGAAGCUUUAGAAGAAAACAUAAUAAUAACCUCUCCAAUUACAAUUAAAAAUAUAGAUCAAGAAGACCAAACAGACAUUGGUUUAUAUAAAAAAAGAGAUGAUUAUAAAUCUAAAGCAACAAGUUUGCUGUUCAACUUGAAAGAUAUGAGAAAAAGAGUCAAAAGCACAUAUAAUCCAGUCACUACUGCCAGAAAUGGCUUUGAAAAGACUUUGGUAACAGAUAUUAAAAUUCAGGAGGGUGUGGCUCACUUAUCAGAGAUCAAUGAAUUGGUUUAUGAAAAUGAAAGUUCAAAUCAAACACACUUAGCAGAACAUUUAGGGCCAACAGAAGAAGUACAAAUCAAAAGUGACGUUGCUGGAAAUGAGUAUGAGAACCGUUUAUGCCUGAGUCCCAUGGAUCAGGGCACAGUAUUUCAGAAUGGAGAAAUCCCUAAAGAUAAAGUCAUGUCAGAUUGCAAAUGUAUGCUUAUUGAGAAUGCAGCCUCUGUAUGUCUUACUACUAAUGACAAUGAUAUCAAGAAAAAAAUUGAUUAUUCUUCACUGAAUGUAUAUUGCAAAACAGAUACUUAUGUAAGUGGGGGGCAUACAGAAUGUAAUCAAGACUCUUUAGCUUGCCUAAAAAAAACAGAAGUCAAUACUUCACCAAAAAGAGAAAAUCCAACAGAAGACAAUAAGGAUGAUGAACAUGUAGAUGUUCUAUCCAAUCCAUGCGUUUGUGAUUUAGAAAAAAUCAUGGUGAAUGAUUUAAAACAAUCAGAGCAAUGUUUUCCAUUCAAAGUGAAUCAAUGGGCUGUUGAUCGUGAUGAAAAUGAAAAGCAAAUUGUUAAAGAGGAUGAAACUAAAAACAUUUUACAGUAUUUUGCUGUUAAUAGUAGCAAAGGAGUAGAUGUAAUAGAGAGCAAAAGAAUGUCUGAAGUUUUAGAAGAUCAAAUUGAAAAAGAUGACCAAGUUAAACUGACAGAUGAAAAACUAAGAGCAAAAAAUAUAUGCGAUGAGGAAGUUCUAAGGCCAUCAUCCUUAACACCUUUUAAACCAAAUUUAUUUCACUUAAAAGAUAAUAAAAUCAAAUUUUCUCCAGUUACAAAGUCAGUGAAACUUCCUCUUUUCAGGAGUCUUUCUGAAGAUUGCUUGGUCUUCAAGAAGUUAGAAGAUAGUAACUUUCCAUGGAGAAUAGGAGACCUGAGAGAGACAAAAGAAAGCAAUGGCAUAAGUGCUGAUAUACUCUGUAUAAAGAAUAUGGAAAUAGAUAAAGUGACUCAACAUCGAAAGCAACUAAUAGUAAGCCCUACCUCAGAAUCUCCAAAACAAGAAGCCAUAAAGUAUAAUCAAAUAAAGUCUCAAAAGGCAGAAGCAGAUGACCAUACAUUGAAUGAAAAUAAUAUUACUAAUGCUGAGAAAAAGAAACAUAGAAGUAGAAAUAAAACAGAAGAGUCAGAUGGUAUUAAAAUGAAAUACAGUAGUGGGGGUAACAAUUUAUGCUUAGAAGAGUCCUUCUUUCAUCCAGUUGAAACGUGUGUCUCAGAAUGUAACGCUUUGAUUGUGCAUAAUGCAAGUGAAUAUUUGAAAGAAAUAAUAAAUGGAGAACCCAUAGGCUGUCCUUGUAAUGAAGCUGAAAACACAAAAUAUUCUCCCAUUGAUAAUGAACAUUUGCAGUUUGAGGAUAGUGUCAGUUUUGCACAAGACAUUGCCUGUUCAAGCAUAACAAGUCCCAUGUCAGAGAGUUUGACUUGUUCCAUUGUAGCCAGCCCCAUGUCUAUAAAUACACAAAGUUCUGGCUUCACUACUGCACUUUCUGCUUUGGAAGAUAUGCCAAGUCCACCCUCAACAAGUUCAAACACAAGAAAUGGAAAGUCUAGUUUAUUGCUUCCUGUGGUGAUUCCAACAGACUCUGAGCCUAAAACCACUUACUUAGCCAAACAGGAAAAGGAAUCAUUUUUAGAAUCACAGAAGAUCAAUGCAAAACCUCCCGCUGUACCUCCUAAAACAGAAAAAGCAUUACGUCGUGCCAAGCGUCUGACAAAAAAACAUAGAAAGACUGAGAUCCCUCAAAGUGUACAAGAAAGCAACUUUCAGGAAUCUGACAAUCUAGAUCUUUCACCAUUAGGUAAUGUUACACCAGGUCAGUUUACACCACAAUCAUAUCACAAAUUAAUGCCAUACAUAUCCAGCUCCUUAGAGCAUGAAGAUAUUGUUUCUGAAUCAUCAACUCCAUCUUUUCCCCUUACCCAACGUAAAAUUCUUCAGGACCCUGAUUCUGGUCAGUACUUUAUGGUCGACAUCCCUGUUUGCUUGCGUAUUAAAACUUUCUAUGAUCCCGAAACAGGAAGAUACUUGCAAAUGUCUGUACCUUCAUCAGAAAGGGAAAGCCCAGAAUUAGAAGUGUCCAACAGUCCAUUGAUGAGAUACCCCAGGGUAACUCCUGUACCAGUUUCAUCCAUAGCAUCAUUCAAGGGAAAAUCAAAGCUCCUGAAUAAUAAUAAUGUUAACACUUGUGAAAGGAAACAUUUAUGGAAUGACAAAGUGGAAGAUUCUUUUAAAAUGCAUGAUUUCAUACAUUGUGAUUCCCAUGACCAGACAAUGACAGGGACUCCAGUUAGCAUAGAUAGAAUUACAAGUAGGAGCCCAGAUAUUAUCUCAAUGAAGGAUAUAGAUGACUUUGCAAUGGAAGCAGUUUCAUGAAAUUUGCAUUAAACUUUAAAAAAUGAAAAAGCACAAAUAAAGCAGUGCAACAAACAAGCAAAGGUUCGAUAGAAAUAGCACAUGUGAACACACUACUAUUAACACUAAAUUCUCAUGUCACCAAAAUGAAUCAAGAGACAAUGGUAGUUUAUCUUAUGCAUUAUACAUUUGUCAACAAAAACACGUUUAAUGUUUUUACAAAAGAAGAAACCUCUAUUGACUUGACGCCAAGGAUUACCCCUCUGACAACAAACUGUCCAAUGUUCACAUACAUUUAUUGAAAAGUGUAUUUGGGUGAAUCACUCUAGCACUGGUGAAAACCUCAAAGUGGAAAAUCUGAUGCAACAAAGAACACCUAUGUUCCAUUGAAUUAAGCAAGAUAAAAGUGUAUUUGUACUAUAUGUUUACAACCAUACAUGUUAUAUGCAUAAAAUAUGCAUCGAUUUUGGUUGAUUGUGCUUGAAUCCCUGUUCUUAUAAUUUUGUUACAUAGGCAAUGUUGAACUUGGCACAAUAAAGGUUGUUAGCUGCUGCCCUAGUGCAUUUUCUAUCAGUGAUUUUCCGCAGUACAUCAUAGUCUUUAAUGCAUAGUUUACCAGUACUAUUUUAACUUUUAAUGCAUUCUGUUUUUAACACAGAUUUUCUUGAUGCUAAAGAUCUUAAAGGCUAUAUACACCUUUAGAACAUUUUUUUUAAUUAUUCAUUUACAUGUAUUUAUGGCUAAAAAGUUAUUUUGUAAUAGGAAUUUUUGCAAAAAAAAUGUACCAUUAGCUUUUGCAGCUACCAUUUUACACCAUAUAGUCAACUGCAGAAACAUUCUGUGAUGAUUCCAUCAAACCGGCUGUCUAAUGUUAAGUGUCCAGUCCUUCUCUGACAACUCCUGAAUGAUAUUCCAAACAAAUUUAUGCUCAAAUCAAAGUUAAGUUUUGAUUUGGCAAAAACAAUAAAUCCAAAGGUGUCCAUUGCUUUUAAAGAUCUAAUACUUUAGAUGAGUAGAUAAUUAUCACAAUAAUGAUUCAUGCUGGAUAAUAAUCGUGUACUGUAGUGUAUGUAGCAAGUGAGUGUAUGUACUGAAAAUGCUUGUUGGUCACUUGUAAAAUCAUUUAUGAGAACUAUCAUUUAUUGUUAUGAGAAUUAUCAUGUAUUGUGAUUUUGUGAUCUUUCAGAGAUGUGAACAAUGUAAAAACACGUUUAUGUCAAUCAUUGCAUUACUAUACUUGUCUAAAUACUGCAAGCAAUCCUCAAUUAAGUAAAUAAUCACAUGUGAACAAAUUUGUACACAAUUAUGUUUGAAUGAAAAUGUUUGGCGUCAACUUUAAAUUUCUAAAUGCAAUUGUGUCAUUAAUUGCCUAAAUGAUUAUCCACUUGUCUAAAUGCAGCAAUAAAAAGAUAUUAAAAAAAUCAGUACAGGGUGCUUCAGAGGGCAUCAUUACUCAAAAACAAAGGAAUUAAAAACAAUAUGCAAUAUGUUAACCCAAAAGAUUAUCUGCUUACAUUUUUUAUUUUUUUUUGGGGGGGCGGCACUUAUUUUUAGAGAUAGUAACACACAUUUGCAGCCACUGACUCGGAAUCAAUGUUACCUUGGGUGCCAGAUGCUUGUAGAAUAAGUACAUUUAAAUCUUGUUCUGUGUUUCUUCAACAUAUAUGAUGUCAGGACACCUUGGAUGGUGAAGAUAGUUCAUUUAUUUAAUUUAAGCAUAAAAUGCAAAGCAUUUCAGGGUCCUAACAAGUCCUUCCUAAAGAAAGGCACCAGUGUUUAAACAAUGAAAUAUAAAGAAAGAAGAAAAGUUCCAUGUUGGUUAAAGUAAUUACAUAUAAACAUGAUAAAACAUAUAUUAGCGAGGACCUACCAUUUAUUCUGAUAUGUUUCUUUUAGUAACUACUUGUUUUUCCCAUUCAGGUCCUCUUUAAUGUUAAUAUAUUUAAGUAAAUAUUAGGUAAAGUAACAAAGAACAGUCAUAAAAUGUGAUUAUUACAAACUGAUAUAGCAUUUUGAUUAGAACAUUGUGAUAUAGUUUAGCACCUACAGUUUUAAUCAGGGGUAGACUUGAAGCUUUUGCAGCCAUUUCAGCUGCAGCAGUACCGAAGGAGGGGGUUCCCAUGUGGCCAGCAUUAUGUGAAGGUAUGAAAUAGGGGACUUAGAAUGGGUAUCCUGUACAGAAGUGAACAGUGAAGAUAAGGGUGCAGGAGCUAGUGCUAUGUACAUUAUGUAAUUAAAAGGCUUCUAAAUAUAUUUUAACAUAAAGUUGAAAAUACUUGCCUGUUCAAUCUCAGUGCCAAUUAACCUAUGCCCCCCCUUCUUUGGAGUCUGCUUACUUGGCAGCAGUGAUGACAUGCCAUAUUAUCAAAUGAAUACUGCUGCCCAUUACUGGCGGCAGUGGUGAUGCCAGUAGGUAGGGCUGGAAUGAGUGAUUUACUGCAGUGGUAACAUCCUGAUAAAGCACCAUUCAUGUGCAAAACAGCAUUCAAUAAGCGAUCAUGCAUCAAUACGACAUGUCAUCACUGCUGCUAGUCAGUGGCCACAGUGGUGAUAACAGUAAGUAGGGCAUGUGUCUAUUAUGGCACAGUGAAUAGGCAUGCAUAUGAGCUAUGCUUGCCUAAUCAGGACAGAGGCCUGGCUGUUACUGACAACCAGGCUCCUGAGAACACAGUUUAACAUCUUAGACGAGGCAGUAAAUGCUGACUGUUGCAUCAAAGCAGUUUACAGAGGGAGCUCCUUCUCAUACCCCAAAAUGCAUAAGGUGCUCUUUUACUCCCGAACCCUCACAUAAGUUCAGGCAAACAAAAGAAUAGGGUCACAUGUAGGGUAUUUCUAAAACCAUGAAAUACCUGAUAAAAGGAGGGCUUACUUUUCACAAAGGUACACAAUGGGCACAACAUAUUGGUCACUGAAAUGGCAUAUCUGUGGAAAAACAGCAUUUUUCACUUUUCACCAUCUGCUGUGCAUUAAAGGGGUUCUGCAGAUUUUAAACUCUCGCUGUUUACCGCAGGCCCAGUGACAUCAUGACUAGUAUCAAUGGCCUGUUCACUUGAAUGGUGCGUAGCCCCGCCCAGGCCAUUGAUACUAGUCGUGACGUCACUGGGCCUGCGGCAAACAGCGAGAAUGCCACGGCACUCAUGAAUAGUGCCGUCUAUUGGUUUCAUAGUCUUAUGACAUACUAUUACUCUUGUCAUAAGACUAUCAAACCAAAGUUCCAUGCCUGAGAGGGAG